AUGAGCGCCUGGAAGUGUCGGUGUCCUCCGUUGACCUCCCUCUGCCUCGCUUUGCUUAUAAACCUAUUGGGCAAAGCGUCGACUUUCGAGUUGACACUGCUUCACACCAACGACAACCAUGCGCGCAUCAAGGAGACCAGCGUGGACUCGGGAAAGUGUCCUGCCGGUGGUCCAUGCUUCGCUGGGGUCGCCAGAAGGUUCACUAAAGUGUCGGAGAUCCGUAAAAAGGAGAAUAACGUGUUAUUUCUGGAUGCCGGGGACCAGUUUCAGGGAACUGUCUGGUUUAACUACUACAAAGGCGCCGAAGCAGCGCACUUCAUGAACAAACUUGGUUAUGAUGCUAUGGCUUUUGGAAACCAUGAGUUUGACAAUGGAGUGGAGGGUCUGAUUCAGCCCUUCCUCCAGAAUGUGAAUUGCUCUGUGUUGAGUGCCAACAUAAAACCUGACCAGACUCUGGCCCCAAAACUCAGCGGCUACUAUGCGCCAUACACAGUCUUCAGUGUUGGCUCAGAGCAAGUGGCUGUUGUUGGAUACACCACUGCAGAGACGCCAUUCUUAUCCUUACCGGGCCAACACCUUAAGUUUGAGGAUGAGGUAAAGGCGCUUCAGUUUCAGGUUGAUAAACUGGAGACUUUGGGGUACAAUAAGAUAAUCGCCCUGGGACACUCUGGCUUUGAUGUGGAUCAAGACAUUGCCAAGCGGGUGAGAGGAGUUGACGUUGUCAUUGGAGGACACACCAACACUUUCCUUUAUACUGGAAACCCCCCAUCCACCGAGGUGCCAGCAGGUCCAUACCCUUUCAUGUUGAAGUCUAAUGAUGGGAGAAAUGUGCCAGUGGUCCAGGCCUUUGCAUUUGGGAAAUACCUUGGAUACCUGAAGGUUACCUUUGACAAGGCCGGGAAUGUGGUGAAAGCUGACGGAAACCACAUCCUAAUGGACAGCAGCAUACCUCAAGACCCAGACAUCCUCGCUGACAUUGAGGAGUGGAAGAAGGCCUUGGCUCAGUACUCCUCACAGUACGUUGGACAGACGUUAGUCUACCUCAAUGGGACAUUUGAAGAGUGUCGAUUUCGGGAGUGUAACCUUGGAAACAUGAUUUGUGAUGCUAUGAUUUAUCACAAUAUAAAGUAUUCAAGUGAGCAGCAGUGGAAUCAUGUGGGCAUAUGCAUGCUGAAUAGUGGAACCAUACGGACAGCUAUAGAUGAGCACUACAGAAACGGUACCAUAACUAUGGAGGAGGUACUCACAGUCUUACCAUUUGGAGCAACCUUUGACUUGGUCCAGAUAAAGGGAUCAACAGUGAAAAAGGCAUUUGAACACUCCGUUCACAGAUAUGGAAGCAAGUCUGGAGAAUUUCUUCAAGUCUCAGGCAUUUAUGUAGAGUAUGACCUCUCCAAGCCAGUAAACCAGCGUGUCGUGUCUCUGUCCAUGCUUUGCACCAAGUGCCGUGUGCCCAAGUAUGAACCAUUAGACCUGGAGAAAAACUACACUGUUGUCAUGUCUUCAUACAUAGUGGACGGAGGUGAUGGCUUCACUAUGAUCAAGGACGAGUUGCUGAAACAUAACACAGGUGAUAUGGACAUUUCUGUUUUCUCUAAAUACCACAUCACAGAUAUGAAGCGCGUGUACCCUGCUGUGGAAGGCCGAAUCACUUUCAAGAACUCGGCUGUCUUUUCAGCCCACAGCUUCAGCUUCUUGCUGCUGGGUUCAUGCCUGUCUCUGGACCUCUGA